AUGGUCGUCCAGAAGGCGAGGCAAUACCGAGUCCAGAAGCUCAAGGACGCAAGGAGCGAAGCUGCAAAGGAGAUUGAGGAGUAUCGGGCGAAGAAGGACAAGGAGUUCAAGAAGUUCGAGAGCGAACACACAUCCCAGACCACCACAUCGCAAAGCACAAUCGACUCAGAGACCGACGGUCAGCUCAAAGACCUUGAUGCGGCCGUAAAGAGCAACCAGGGCGGCGUGGUCAAGACUAUCGUCGAGCGGGUACUCAAAUGCGAGCCGGAGCUGCAUCGGAACCUGAGCAAAGUCGGGGCUUAG